ACACACAGCCGCUGAGAUGUUUUAAUUGUAAUGAGGCAGGGCAUAUUAGUAUUAGGUGUACUAAACCACUAAAAAAAUGCACUUACUGUUACAAAUUAGGUCACGAAACAAAAGACUGCCGUAAAAAGGCCGAUUCAGGUAGUAGUAGCAAUAAUAAGGAACGGCAGAAUUUAAACGGAGAAAAAACUAUAUUAUGUAUUGAUAAUUUUGAUAACUCUACAGAUGGAAAUGAGAAAUAUUUUAAGUCCAUUCAUGUUAACGGGGUACAGAGCCAGGCAUAUGUUGAUUUUGGGAGCCGGUGCACUCUGAUGAGAGAAACUAAUGCUCGAAAUUUGCUUAUGGAUUGGGACCUUAGCGACUUACCUUUAUUGAAGGGAUUUGGCAAUUCGUUAGUUAAGCCUUUGGGCAGGAAAGCAGUGACUCUAGAAAUAGACAAUGUCAGAGGGGAGGUUAAAAUUUUGAUUGUACCCGAUCAGUAUUUGCUAGCACCUAUAUUAGUUGGACAGACAUUUACUGAACAGCCGCAUGUCAUGGCCUUUAAAACAAACGAUGAGUUGAUAUUUUUGCAAAAACCUGAGAUUGUGGGAGAGAAUGAAAAAUUGCAACUAUUCAUUCAGGAUAAUAUUGCUAUCUUGCCUCGUUCCACCUCUCCAAUGGAUGUCAAAGUGGAAGGUGAUUAUUCAGGUGGACUGUUUGUACAAUAUGGCCAUAGACAGAAAGUAGGUAAUACUGAUUACAUGGUUCUUCCAGGAAUUUAUAAAUUUGAAAAUGGUAAAGGAUAUGUAAUGAUAAGUAACUUAUCAAAUAAAACCUUAAACUUUAAAGUUGAUGAGUUACUUACUCGAGGUUAUCGGUACAAAGAAGUAUCCAAUGAAUAUGUAGGCACAUGUACCACUAGUCAAACUGGUGAUUACCAACCAUUGCCAAUAGAUCAAGUGAAAUUAGGUAUAGAGCUAACUGAAACUGACAAACGUGCAUUCUAUAAUUUACUAGACAGGUAUAGGGAUUGUUUUGCGUUGAAUCUCAAGGAACUAGGAAGGACCGACUUAUCAAAAAUGCACAUAACUUUAAAUGACAAUGUACCAGUAGUACAUAAUCCUUAUAGAAUGUCACAACUUGAACGCGAACAGUUGUCGAAAAUAAUCGAAGAUCUGUUGUCAAACGAUAUUAUACGGGAAAGUACGUCUUCCUAUUCAAGCCCGGUAAUAUUGGUGAAAAAGAAAAAUGGUGAGAAACGCUUGUGUAUUGACUACAGAGCUUUGAAUAGGAAAACUCUAAAGGACAAAUAUCCGUUGCCUCGAAUUGAAGACCAGUUAGACAGUUUUGGAGGCAACGCUUAUUUUUGUAGUCUCGACUUGGCGUCGGGAUAUUAUCAGGUGCCAAUGGAUGAGGAAAAUGGGGUCAUGAAUACUGUAGUAUCAGAGUUUGAGCAACCUCAAGACAUCGACAAGAUAAGAGAAGAAGUUGCCCAAAAUAUAGAAGAAAGUCAAAAACAGCAGAAGGAACAUUUUGACAAAUCCCGAAAAAAACCUGAAAUAUACAAAGUAGGCGAUUUAGUACGCGUUCAGAGAGAAGCUCGUGGUGAACCAGGGCAAAGUAAAAAGUUAGUUCAAAAAUGCGCUGGUCCGUAUAGGAUCAGUAAAGUAUUAGGUAACGACCGGUACGAAGUGGAGGAUACUCCCAUCACACGUAAACAAGGUGCUAAAGCGUACAAGGGAACUUAUGCGGUAGAUAAGUUGCACCCUUGUUGUGAUAAUAACUUGGGAAACAAGAGACUGGUGUGA